GAGUCGAGGGAUGACGCCGCGGAGCCCCGGAUGUUGGUGGUGCCCGCUGCCCCAAGCGCCGCGGGCGGAAGUGGGUGACGGGAGUGGGUUUCUUCCCGCAGGGGCCGCUCCUGACCCGUCAGGUAGCGAUGGGCACUGCGCUGGACAUCAAGAUCAAGCGGGCCAACAAGGUGUACCGCUGCGGGAAGCAGCGGGUGGCCUAUGGAAUGGAGACUGCAUGGAGUGGAACAGCUCCAAGAGAGCAGGAAACUGGACAAAACAGAUAAAGUUGUGUGGAUGAAGUCUGAGGAAUCUCAGCCUGUGCUUCUAGGUCCUAAUAGACCAAACAAGUGGAAAUUCUUUCUGGAGUCGUGGUGAUAACGAGUAAAGACACAGUCCAGCACCAAGGCAUCUCAUUGACAAUGGAAGGAUCUGUAAAUCUGCAGCUUAGUGCCAAAAGUGUGGGUGUGUUCGAAGCUUUCUAUAAUUCUGUCAAGCCUAUUCAAAUUAUUAACAGCACUAUUGAGAUGGUAAAACCAGGGAAGCUUCCCAGUGGCAAGACAGAAAUUCCUUUUGAAUUUCCAUUGCACGUGAAGGGCAACAAAGUUCUGUAUGAGACAUAUCAUGGUGUCUUUGUUAAUAUUCAGUAUACCCUGCGGUGUGAUAUGCGACGUUCUCUGCUGGCAAAAGACCUAACUAAGACUUGUGAAUUCAUUGUCCACUCACUGUCACAGAAAGGGAAACUGACGCCAAGCCCAGUAGACUUCACAAUUACUCCUGAAACCUUGCAGAAUGUUAAAGAGAGAGCAUCACUUCCAAAAUUUCUCAUCAGAGGCCAUCUCAGUUCUACAAACUGUGUCAUUACGCAGCCACUAACAGGGGAGCUGGUAGUGGAGAGUGCAGAAGCUGCAGUCAAAAGUAUUGAGCUGCAGUUAGUGCGUGUGGAAACCUGUGGGUGUGCGGAAGGUUAUGCCAGAGAUGCCACAGAGAUACAGAAUAUUCAGAUUGCUGAUGGGGACGUCUGCAGAGGCCUACCAAUUCCUAUAUACAUGGUGUUUCCCAGGUUGUUCACUUGCCCUACCCUGGAAACAACAAACUUCAAAGUGGAGUUUGAAGUGAACAUUGUUGUCCUGCUGCAUGAUGAUCAUCUAAUCACAGAGAACUUCCCCCUGAAGCUCUGCAGGAUGUAAAUAGCCAGAGGAAGAAUCACUUAAGGAGUCACUGGAGAAGGAUGAAAUAAUUCAGAGACAAAAUGAGAUUUUAUCUUAUCUUGUGUUAUUUGAAGUGAAAACUUAUCACUUCCUUCUUCCUGACGGUGGUUCUUGGGCUUUCAGUCUUUAAUUCUUCCCAACGCCUGUGCCUGUCUUACGAUAACCUACAUGGAUUAACGGUCUCAAGAGCCCUGUCAAGUGUUUGAUUUCAGCAGACAGAUUUUCUGCAAUUUUUUUCUCAGCCAGACUGUCAAUGAUUUUUUUGCAUAUUUUCACAAGUUAUAGAAAUAUGUAAAGUAAGUUUUUUCUGCUUAAUUCAUAAUGUAACACUUGUUCCAAAGUCCUUCAAAGACCUCUUAAAUGGAGUCAGUGCUGUUAUAUAUGGUGUAUAUAUAUUUGAGGAGGGGACAGGACUGGGAUAUCUGUGGAAGUAUAAUAAAUGGUGCUACCACAACGCACAAUGUCACAGGAUGAAUAUUGCAAGAUGGCUGAAUUAAGAGAUGCGAAAUGAGUAAUGAUGUGAAAUAACAUCAAGUGUAUUUUGGUCAAAUUAGGAAUGAGUCUGCCUUGAAGGAGUGCUUAGAAGUGAAGUUACUGCUUCACAUAUAACUUCUCCCUGGUCAUUCCCUGGAAUGCCCUUGCUUUACCUUUGCUAUUUGUGUAAAAUAGUUCCUAGAAAGAUCAGUCAGAAGUUUUUAGCUUCAAACUGUACUUAUUCUGGGCAUUUUAACAUCUUUCUUCUUUACUAGACUUGUACAGCUCAGCUCUGAUGUGAAAAAGGAAUGACUGACUUGACAGACAGCAGCACUGCAUUGUUGCAGUGUAGACUACACCAAGUACUGGAGAAAGUGCCUAAAAUACCUUUAUGCUGUGGCACUUUGUGCCCAUAGAAGACUAUUAUUCAUGAUGUGAGCAACCAUUCCAGGGGAGUUAGGCCAUUUGCUGCUUAAACAGGUGGGUUAAUGUUGCCAUUUAUCAAUAUAAAAGUACAAAUACAAACAUCAGAAAAGAAUUUGUGAAAAUAAAUAUACAACUUCACAUGAAGAAAUACAUUAAGUCUUUGUAAUCAUAAAUCUUAAAGGUUCAUAUAAACUGGCAAAGUAGGAACUAGAUGGGAAAAACCAUUCUGUAAGAAAUAACCUUCCCCAGGUGAACAGGUAAUGGAUUUUGAUGUUAUCUGAAGUUGACAGAACAGCUGCAAUUUUGUGUGGGAUGGAGGCAGGCUAAAUAUAUAGGGCAUUACAUCGAGUAUAAAGAUGAUAACCUAAAACGAAUUAGAAAGAAAACUGCCAAAAUCAACUUCCUGUAGCUUUUUUCCAGCAGCACUGCUAAGCAGGAAUAUGUAGUUCUGAGUUCGGCUGUGGUUUGGUAUCAGCUGUGCUUCAGGAGUAAGCAUUUGACAUUGUUAUAAUGUCUUACAUUUAUUAAAAAAAAAGAACAAAAAACCUUUACUGUUCUUUAUCCCCUCUCCUGUCUCCCUCCCCCCUCAUUUACUAGAAAUAAACACUUUUUUAAGAUCAGGAA